CAAAAUGACGUCAUUGCUAACCGAACGUCUCAGGUCUGACAGUUCUUUCUCGCUUCUCUGUUGUUACACGCGACUCCAUCACGGCAUAAUCGAGAUCUCCGUUGGGAGGAUCUAACGUGGCAAUUAAACAGACCAUCGAGGAUGUUACGAAUUAAAAAAUGAGAUUCGACUCCUGCUCGGGUUGGCGAAAAAUUGCCCUUGUCGGUCUAUCCGUACAUCAGCGGGCCAAUCAGCGGCGUCCGGAGCUCAACACGAACAACAGUUCAGUCAGAGAUGGCGCCCAGCUCGAAAUCCGAAAAGGACAUCAAACGCAAACCCCAAAGAAGACACAAAGACCAUGUCGUAAAACUUCUUAUGCGGGGGAAGCUUUCAGGGCAGUUCUCUCAGCAUCUUUUCAGGAAGCUCCCUCCUCGAGUGUGUGUCCCGUUAAAGAACAUUGUCAGUGAGGAAUACCUGAGAGCGGGGCAUAUCUUUCUUGGCUUCACGAAGUGUGGCCGCUACGUUCUGUCCUACACCAGGGACUGGGGAGAGGAUGAUGAGUUCUAUUUCUAUACUUACCAUCUCUAUUGGUGGGAGUUUAAUCUCCACAGUCGACUCAAACAGGUCCAAUAUGUGCGCCUGUUUGCAGGCGAAGAAAUCUACAAUGACCUUUACCUCACUGUGUGCGAAUGGCCAAAUGACCAGUCUAAAAUUGUCAUCUUCGGUUUUAACUCUCUCCUGAUGAACUUGAUGAGCGCUGAGAACUACCGAGACAUCUGCAUCACAAUUGUUUCGAUGCCUCCACCUCAGCCUUGCGCUGAGUGCGGCACACUUCCCUCCACCACAUCUAUACACAAUGGAAACGGUCAGUGUCUGGAGCACGGCUACGUCCUCAACAGCAAGUAUCAGGUGGUGUACCCCUUUCCCACUUUUCAGCCUGCUUUCCAGCUGAAAAAGGACCAGGUCAUCCUGUUAAAUACGAGCUACUCUCUGGUGGCUUGUGGCAUCUCUCUCUGCCAAGGCAAGGCUGGUCCAUCGUCCCAAAUUCUUUACACAAAGAGAGCGGCUUUGUCACGUCAGGCAUCCCCACCGCCCUCUCCCACCACUUCAUCUUCCUCAUUGUCUGAGGGAUCUCCUGAUGAGGAGCCAACACAGAGCAGGUUAACCCCCACACCUACUUCUUCUAGCCAAUCGCAAGCAGCGAUGCGAGCUAGAGAAUUUGCAGCCGACCUCUUCCGACGGGCACAAGGUGGAGCCGGCGGAAGUAAAAGAGAGGGAUCACAGAAACCCUCAGAGCCGUUGGUGGUUAACGCUCAACAGGAGGAGCAGGAUUGUCCAAAGGCGAUGCAGAAAGAAACACGGACUUGUUCGCCACAAAUGUUGACGUCCUGCCAGAGUUUAAUGCAGUCAUCAGAACAAAUGUCUCCUGCGUCCUCUUCAUCAUUGCCUUCAUCCCCUCCUACUCCAUCUGCAUCGCAGGACGUUGACCCCAGUGAGCCUGGAUAUGUCAACUACUCAUGUCUGCACUAUUGUUUCCGUCCGGGCUUACUGGAGCAGAAUACAGGAGGCGAUACAGGUUACGAAGAUGAUAAAGUACAGCUGCCGUUCACGGUCACCGAUCUUAAAGGGCGGAGUCUGCAGUUGAUCAGUGAGCCACACGAUGGACAGAGUGUGUGUGUCGAGCAGCUGACGCUGGACUUUGAGUAUCUAAUUAAUGAGGUGAUCAGGAAAGACGCUGCCUGGGCGCCGCAGUUCUGCUCUUUCAGCGACUAUGAUGUGGUCAUAUUAGAGGUGUGUCCGGAGACCAACACUGUGAUGAUUAGCAUCGGUCUGCUGUUAUUGGCCUUCUCCCCCUCAGAGCAUUGCAGGCCCAACACGUACCAUUCAAACCUGCAGGUCAGUUGGGACCUGAACACGGGUGUCUGUUCCACUGUGGGCGUGGGUGACCUGACAGAGGUCAAGGGUCAGACCAGCGGGCGUGUAUGGAGUUCUUACAGGAAGUCGUGUGUGAACACGCUGAUGAAGUGGCUCAUUCCUGAGAGCAGCGCGCGCUACAUCAAUCGAAUGACCAACGAAGGACUACACAAAGGAUCAUCUCUUCAGGUGUUGGCUGAUAGCGACAGAUGCACUUGGAUUGUUCUGUGAUGUUACAACGCAAUGGGUACAAAUCAAAAGGAGAACGGCAUUGGGGCUGAACUGCACUGUGAUAACAUGUACACAUAAAAAACUGUACUUGCUGUCAUAUCUGUACAUAUUUUUUUUUUCCAAUUACACAUUUGUAUUUACUUAACGUUGUUUAAUUUGUAAGUACAAAAAGAAAGCGCUGGACUGGAUGAAGAUUCUGACAACUGUUUGCGUAGAGUUCUUUUCUUACACAGUGUAAAAGAAUACCUGAAGUGUUUGUGUCUGCAGGAGAGAGUACUGAAUGUAUGUCAACUUGCAUCUGUGUCAUAGAUGCAUUUGUGUCUACAAUGGGACUGAUUAUUGCUGCUUGUGAAUAACUUGUUCCCUCCUGUGGCUGAAACCAGCCUGGCCCCAUUCUGUAGACUCACGAGGCUGCCAUUUUUCCUCAUAACAUGGAACAAAGCAAUCCUAUGUAACUCUAAAUAUCCUUGGGUGAGGUUUAUAAAAAAAAAAAAAAUGUGUUUAACGGCUGUUGGGCAUUUUCAAGUCCCAUACAUGUUUAACUGAUUAAUGUCAUGUUUUAUGUUCCUCACAAGCGAUGAAGAUGAUUUUGUGAAAAUGAACUAUUAAAACAUUUUUUCUUGUGGA